AUGCGCUCUCUAAUACCUCUUCUACUCUUAUUGUGGCCAGUGCUUUAUCAUGCUGGUAUGGUGUCGGCUAAAUAUGUCCUUCGAAGAAAUCCUGGAUUCUCCAUGGAUGGAGAAUCGCCAAAACGAUUUGACGAUGAUACAGAUAUGAAGGAUGACUCGUGGAGUAAAAGGGUCAAUCUACGUUACUUCCAUGAAAAACAAGAAAAAAGACUGAAGAUACCAGCGAUCCAAAGGGUUACCUAUAAGAUAAGACCACUGGACGAGAUACCCCUGUACGAUGCCUAA